GCUAUUUCCGGAGUAAGAUGGCUGCAGCGCGUGUGCUGAGGAUUUGGAGCCAGAACACUGUCAGACUGAGCUGUGUUCGCUAUUUUCAAACAUGUAAUUAUGUACAUGUUUUGAGGCCCAAAAGUGUGUGUUCUGUGGGCUAUCCAUUGCUCAAGGACAGUCAACCACAUCACUCCCUGAGAACCGCAGCUGUGCUCCAGGGACAGGUUGUUCAGUUCAAACUCUCUGACAUUGGAGAAGGGAUUCGAGAAGUAACUAUUAAAGAAUGGUAUGUAAAAGAAGGAGACACGGUGUCUCAGUUUGACAGCAUCUGUGAAGUUCAGAGUGACAAGGCUUCUGUCACCAUCACCAGCCGUUACGAUGGUGUCAUUAAGAAGCUCUAUUACAAUCUAGACGAUAUCGCUUAUGUGGGGAAACCACUGAUAGACAUUGAGACAGAGGCUCUAAAGGAUUCAGAAGAAGACGUUGUUGAGACCCCCGCUGUGUCCCAUGAGGAACACACUCACCAGGAGAUAAAAGGCCAGAAAACACUAGCAACGCCUGCAGUUCGCCGGCUGGCGAUGGAGAACAAUAUUAAGCUGAGUGAAGUUGUUGGCUCAGGAAAAGAUGGCAGAAUACUUAAGGAAGAUAUUCUCAGCUUUUUGGAAAAGCAGACAGGAGCCAUACUGCCUCCCUCACCAAAAUCUGAAAUCACACCACCACCCCCACAGCCCAAAGACAGGACCUUCCCCACGCCGAUAUCAAAGCCUCCAGUGUUCACGGGCAAAGACCGAACAGAGCCUGUGACAGGCUUCCAAAAAGCAAUGGUCAAGACCAUGUCCGCAGCCCUGAAGAUUCCGCACUUUGGGUAUUGUGAUGAGGUUGACCUUACUGAGCUGGUUAAGCUUCGAGAAGAACUGAAGCCUGUUGCCUUGGCUCGGGGAAUCAAACUCUCCUUCAUGCCCUUCUUCUUAAAGGCUGCUUCUUUGGGACUACUACAGUUUCCUAUCCUUAACGCCUCUGUGGAUGAAAACUGCCAGAACAUCACCUACAAGGCAUCUCACAACAUUGGGAUAGCAAUGGAUACUGAGCUGGGGUUAAUCGUCCCCAAUGUGAAGAACGUUCAGGUACGCUCUGUAUUUGAGAUCGCCAUGGAACUGAACCGCCUCCAGAAACUGGGCUCUUCCGGUCAGCUCAGUACCACAGACCUUACAGGAGGGACAUUUACUCUUUCCAACAUUGGAUCAAUUGGUGGAACCUAUGCCAAGCCGGUGAUAUUGCCACCUGAAGUAGCCAUCGGUGCCCUGGGAGCGAUUCAGGCUCUUCCCCGAUUUGACCAGAAAGGAGAGGUUUAUAAAGCACAGAUAAUGAAUGUGAGCUGGUCAGCUGAUCACAGGGUCAUCGAUGGCGCCACCAUGUCACGCUUCUCUAAUUUGUGGAAAUCCUACUUAGAAAACCCAGCAUUUAUGCUGCUGGAUCUGAAAUAAUGGCGAACAGGACAUCUGUGAACUUUCCGCCUUUCCAAAGAGUAUGUGAGGCCCAGCUGAGCCAGCCCGUACUCUGGUUACAGUUGCUUUAGAAAUGGUUUGUGCUCCUUGUUUGGUCUCUAAAGCACAGUAUUUAUCACUGACGCAUUAGGCUUUCUGCUGAAAAGGAUUGUGGGUAAUGGCUCUCCUGGAGUAUCACAUUGUGUAGGUCAGAGGGGGGCUUCCUAUUACGGUGCUGAGAUCUUUGUGUCAGUGAGUUGAAACAAGCCACAAAACAAAACUGAUGUCACUAAAUGUCACCAGUGUCACUGAACGGCAAGUAGCGGCGGCACAUGCUGUACUUGCCCUCUUAAUUUUUAAUUUUUAACUGAUUUUUUUAAAUGAGACUUUUAAAUUAUACUUAGUCAGGGAAAGGAAUUGAUAUACAAAUAUGUUUUCAUUUCCCUACAAUCAAGGUAACUUGUACAAAAUAAGUGCAAUUCUGUUUAUCUCUUCAGCUUAUGAGACAUACACUCUUGCCUUAUGUGUAAAAUAUCAUCCAUGAAUGUCUUAUAGCUAUAAGUUAGCAUUCUUGAAAGGGAGAAGCUAUAAGUUGGUCUUAAUUAUAGUUUAUAACCAAAAAGGCUGUUAAAAGUAAGUGUUUCAAGUGGAGAGAUGUCUAGGGCUGUGGGAGUGCUUUGGCAUCUUACUGGGAAAUAGUUGACUUGCAAACUCACUUUGUAGUGUAAAGUACCACAAGUACAGCAUCCCUGGCUUUCUUUCUUUUAACUUAGAAAUUUAUUGCCUUUUGAUUUUGUUGAUCUUUAGCUAAACAUGAGAGAAGGACUUGGGAUCUGUUCUGUUCUCCGUCCCUCAGUAGGCGCCUGAAUAAGAAGAGCCAAAGGGGAAAUUAUGGGCAUAAAAUUAGUUUAUACAGAAAUGCUAUCAAUGGUCAUCUAAAAUCAGGUGGCAUCAGGAUGGAUCUAAUUCAAGGCUGAGAAAGCCUUUCUUCCCAGCACUUAAGAAACAAAGACAGGUAGAGCUCCCAGACAGCCAUAGCUACAUGGAGAGACCUGUUUUUAAAAAAAAAAAGAAAGAAAAAAGAAUCAAAUUGAGUAUUUUGAAAUCUAGGUUUGGGUUUGUUUUUCUUCUGUUAUAUCAUGACAAAAUUGCUUAGUUAAAUGAAGGUUUUGUGGCAGGAGAAAAAAGGGUCAUUUUAAUGCCUACUUGAUUUUUUUCCAAAAAUGGAACUACAUUAUAAAUGUAGUAAAUGCUGUUUGGUUGGAAAUUCAUAUCAUGAAACGCAUUAUUUUCACCUAAAGAAAAUUAACAAAAGAAAACCAAUUCAGAACAGGCAUUGUGUCCACAGGCCUGUAAUCCUCACACGUGGGGGGCAGGGAGCUCCACGGCAUGAGGCCACGUGAGGUCACAUGGUGAGACUUGGAAGGAGGAAACCUACAGGUCACAUGGAGAGUAACACACUGUUAUCUGUAAUGUAAACAUUGUUAACAUUCUGACACAUGUAUCUGUAUACAUAGAUAGGUAUUCUUUUAUAAAAAUGAAAUAAUGUAUCUACUAUUUUAUAAUUUGAUUUUUUAAAAAUUUAUCCUUAUAUUGUGGAUACCUUUAUAUGUCAAUAAACAGUUCCACAU